GACAAAUUUCAGUCGGGAAUGAGUUAUAAGUGUCCUUUUUGUUGUUGUGUGCCAUAGCUUAUUUAAUGUUCGAGCUUUCCGAAAAAUAAUAGUACCUUGAAAUUACAAAUGUUAGCUUGGGAAGUUUACAUUGUGAAAUGCUAAGCAAUGGAUGAGGAUUCUGAAACAAACAAAUAGUUGACAUGCAGCUAGCUUCAAAAUGCACGAACUCUUCACGCAAGUCCUCUCCCAUAAGGACCUUUCAAAGGCUGGUGACUUGUUUAAUGUACCUGACCAUGUGAUUGUCAAUGACCUUACGGAUGUUAUUAAUAAGAUUCGGGACAUUGCGUCCCUACCGGAGUAUACCCGAAAUGACAAUGAUCAGAGUGUGGUCGAGAUUUGCAUCACACGGGUCACCUCUGCCAUCAGGGAGACUGGAAGUAUUGAGCAACAUGCAGAAGCUUUGGUGGCCUUACUCCAGACUUGCCUUAAUCACAAUCUCCGUCCCUCUACCCGUGACAGUGAUCCACCGCAUGCGAAGAUUGCCUCUGAUGUUGUGUCCUGUAUAUUCCUGAACUACCAUAAACGAGAGGUGAUGGCUUUGGCCUUACCUGUAGCAGUAAAGUUCCUCCAUAAAGGGAAUAGGGAGCUGAGUAGGAACAUGAGCUCCUAUCUGUCCCUGGCAGCUAUUGAGGCAGCUGACCUUCUGGCAAUGCACAUUCAGCCAAUCAUUGAUUCUGUUAUAUCAGGGAACUAUUCUUUGUCUCGUGUGUUGCCUCAGAUUUAUGCUGUGAAAAAGGAACCUAUCCAUGACCACGUGAUGACACUUGUGUCCCUCUUACCACAAUGUGAUACAAAUGAGAAACUUGGCCUCCUCAUGCUUUUCUCUCUGGUGGCAAAGAACAGACCUGUGUUGUUGGAGCCAUCACUCCCUCAACUAGUAGAGUGCCUUAGUGUGAAUGGAACAUCAAUGGCUACUUUGCAGAUUUUUGUAGAGUUGUGUGCCUGGAGACCCGGACCCUUUACAGAACAUGUAACAAGGCUAAAAAGUAUUGUUGAACAGCAACCCCACUGUGUUGCUCUGGCAUUACAGGUUUUGGCUGCAGUGGGAAGGUUGAGCAAAGAAAAAGGCAAAAAUGCUCUGGAUUACAUUGCUCAACAACUUCCAAAAGUGGAUUCCAUGAGUCUUGGUGUUGUGUUACGAGAGGUUCAGUUGCUCUGUAGUCAGUAUCCAGCGCUUCUGGUUGAGUCAGAAUCGCUGCUGACGGCUGUCAACAAAUGUACUGAUCGUGCAAAUUCCUCUGCACGUGUUUAUAUUCAGCAGCUUAACAAUGAGUACAAUGAAAUAAGAAAUACAAAUGUCAAUCACACUCCUGGUGGCGUUACUAUUGUACGCGUUGGGGGAAGUGGUAGUGGUGGAGGUAGUGGUGGUGGAGUGGGAGGCACCAGUCGAAUCGAUGCUGUUGUCGGCUCAAGUCGAACAGACCUUAACUUUGCUACACGAGACCUAAGUAUUUUUCAGCCCCACAGUUCGGCUGUGGGCAAGUUUGGCAACACAUCCAGAAGUACUGGACGACUGGUCACUGCUUCAAACAGAUCUAUGCCUAGACUGAAUGCCCUACCUCAGAGCACAGGCCGACUGGGUUCUUCUACUAUUCAGCUUAACAAGUCCAUGACUCGUUUAAGUAGUUCUCAUGGGCUACACAUGAACCGCUCAAUUACAGUACUUGCCCCUCAGUCUCGUCACUUCUCUGGUCACUUGACCCCUAGCUCAGGCCACCUGGCCCAUGGGUCUGUCACUGGCCAACAUCUUGGUGGAUCUCAGGUUGGCGGAUCACAAAUUGGGGGUUCCCGUCUAGUCUCUAGUCCUCCUGUAGGGAUACCCAUGUCUGGGGUGUCACCAUUGCCAGGUACGGUUAGUCCGACAAAGAGUAUGAGUUCGUCUUUAGCAACGCUUCGUGAAGGCACUGGGGAACUGGGGGCAUCAUCAGGAGUUCUUGGUGGCCCUCAUCAUUCUCAAGCUUCUCUUAUGCCCUCUGACAUAGUUCAGGGUAACACAGUUACCACAAGUGGUCAUCACACACUCUCACUUCAGCUGCAUUUGUCAAGGGAAUUGGCACCCUGUUCUCUGCCUGUUUCCACUUGUGGAGUUGGGGGUGUAGUAACUCCCCUCCGACAUUCCCAGUCCCCACUCUCCUUACCCUCCUCCACCGUCGUCACUGCCACCACCAGUACACCUACGCAGCAGCUUGUCACAUCGGUUAGUUAUGGUGGGAGUACAGCAAGCCAGACCAAAAUUAGUCGACCCAACACUACUCUCACUCAGAUUACUCAAGACCAUCAUACGACAACUACAAAUACCUGUACCCAGAGAAUCAGUGUUUUUGAGCCCUUUGCCAUGAGGGACACAGUACAACAUUUUUGUGAGAAACACUUGGAUAAAAUCAAGAGCUACAUGCAGAAAGUGUUUGUAAAGUUACCCUUGCCAGUUCGGUGUGGUAUUGAAGAAAGGAAAAACAAGAAACAUGCAAAGCUGUAUUUUGCAUGUCAGGGGAAAGGAGAACAUUGCCUCUAUAACAAGCAUUUCUUUACAAUGAAAACAAGAAACCCCAGAAUAUGGAUCCACCUGAUGUUUUUAGCCUUACAGGCAAGGUCAUCAGUAGCUCUGAGUACCAGAGAAACCCAAGUGAGCAGUUUGAAGAAUUGCUGGGACAUCCUGAAGUGUGACACCAAGACUUUUGUCACUUUAGUUACGUCAGCAUUUCCCUUAGCCAAAGACAUGGAUAUGUUGAUGCACGAACUAAGAAAUGCAAGAUUUUUUGACGUGUUUGAGUAUAAUGGAGUUGAACAGCAGUGGGGCUGUUUUCUCUGUAAUCACCCAGAUCGUGCAAGAGGAUUUGUGGACGAGGAUACACCUGUUAUCGAAGGCCAGUUGAAGGAAAAGAAAAGCAAGUGGAAGAUAUUUCGCAAGUGGCGCACUAGGUAUUUUACCCUUUCUGGAGCACAUCUGUCGUACAGAGGGGCAGGCACGGAACAAGACAAAGCUGAGAAAGGAGGGAUUGAUGUUCACAAAAUACGAUCAGUUAAAGUUAGCCGAGGAGGCAGCCGACACAUUCCUAAAGCUUUCGAGAUCUUCACUGACAAUAAGUCUUUUGUACUUAAAGCCAAGGAUUCCAGUAAUGCAGAAGAAUGGGUACGCUGUCUUUCGAUUGUGGUAGCACAUUCUCAUUCCCGGGAAGAACAGACCCAUGGAGCACCAAAAACUACCACAUCCAUUCCCCGCAGCUUUAUGUAUGGGCAUCAUUCAUCAUCAUCAUCCUCAUCAGCCAUGCGUACAGCUGUGUGAAUUUAUAUACUCAUUAUUUCCUAUAUUUACUCGUCAGAGUUGAUGCAUUACUAAAACAAGGCAAAUUCAUGCUGUUGGGAUAAAAAAAAAAGUAUAUGUGGCAUUUUUGUAAAUUGUGUAUUCAGGUUGUCAGUACAGUAUUACUGCAGAAAUUCAGAUUUUUACUUUUACCCAUAUGAAGAAAGCUUAUCAAGCUGCUAUUAAAAAAAUUAAAUUUGGCGCUUUUUCGGAAUCGCUUGCAAUAUGUAGCCUUUGGAAAUGGCCUUGAAAAUAUAAAGGAUUGUUUAUGAUAGUAUCUUCAUCUUUUUUUCUCCCAUACUACAUGCAGAAGAAGUCAAGACACCUACUUAAAUGAAAAGCAAUAUUGAUGUAUUUGUAUUUGUUUGUUAGAAACUAAAAAAAUGUUCAAAAGUCACUGCAUUGGUUCUGAAUGGCAAUGUUAAGAUUUUCUGUGUAAUAAUUAAAUGUUUAAUAUGAAUUUAUUCAUUAAUGAUGUAGUUUUAAGUAGGUAAAUAUUUUAGAAUUUAUAAGCAAAUUUAUCCAAGCAAUUACUGUUUUUGGGUUAUCAACUACCAUUUUAGAACUAGAAGUACAGAUUUUCAUCCAAUAUUGGCUUUGGAAAGCAAAUAUUUAUGAGAAUGCCCAGAAAUACAACAGAAUUGUCUACAUUGUUGAGAUAUGUUACUUAAGUAUAUUUUAAUGAGGUCUUGUGCAAUAUUAAACAUAUUCUAGAUGUUAAAAAAACUGGCUAUGUUUUAUAUAGUUCUAUAUUUAGAAUAUUGCUUUUGUAGCGAUGUACUGCUGAUUUUGUGAAGUAUGUAUUGCUACAUAAUGACCUAAAAUUAAGGGUUUCUAGAGGAUGUUACAAAGAUGAAUUAUAAGAUGGAACAUUUUUAACAUAGACAUUAGAAACUAAAUAUUGUACCUGUAUUACUUUCUAUUUACUUCAAAUAAUAUAAUUAAGGAACAAAAUAUAAAAUAUUCUCAAUAGGCUAGACCAUUUUUUUUUUCAACUUUGAAAGACCUUCAACUUGCUUCUCUCCAAAAUUACAGAAGUCUGCCAUUCACAAUAACUCUUUUACUUGAUGACCUGUAGCAACACAUUUUCUCUGGAGAAAUAGUCAAGAAUGAUGAAAACUUAAAUAAAAAAAAAACUAAUGGUGAAUAAUGACUAAAAGUAACGAGGUGUAAGCUACUAACUGGGAUUGGGAUAACCAUGAUUAUUAUAGUGGUUUAAAAGUCUUUGAAAUUAAACUCCCUCCAAUCUAUACACUCCAAUAGUGUUAAGAUUAAAUUCCCAGCUUUAUAUUUUGAAGAGUAUUCUCACUAAUAAACAAAUUGCCACACAGAGAAUAGCACCUUAAUUUCCAUGGUUUCCUUAAGUAAUUAUACAUUUGUAAUAUACAUUUCCAGUUUGUUACUUUAUAAAUUUAAAAGUAGCCAUGUUAUGAUGAAUGUAUCCAUAGUGGGAUGUUCAGGUUCUUGAUAAAUUGCUCUUCUUUUAUAUCCAUAAAUGAAAUACAGUAACUUAAUUUUACCAAAAAGGUAAUAAUACACAUUUCAAGAUAACAUGCAAAACCAGAGAAUGAUGUUCGAAAAGGGACAAAUAAAAGUCCCAAGAGAUAUGAGUAAUGUGGUAAUGGUGAAUGGAAGAGUUGUAUGAAGUGUAAAGCAUAGGUCUCUCCCUAUAGUUUUAUGGUAAUGGUCUGUUGGCAGAUUUUGGGAGUAAGGUAUUAUAGUCAUCCUCCAGUCUUAAUGAGAUUUAAUGUAUGGGAGGAUGUUAUAGGAAGAUGACUUUAGCUUCAAACUAUGUUAGGCAGCUUUUACAAAGGCAACUCCUCUCCAGUUUCAGGAUGUAAUGAAUUUUUAAUCCAUAUUUAAUCAUUGUCAUUAAUUCCCUGUGUAUAUAUGGUAUUUACAGUGCAAUCUAUAGUUUUAGUUCUUCCUUGUAUGCAAAUUGAGCAGUUUGCAGGGCAGCUUUAAGAUUAGGAUAUGAUCACUCCGUACUUAAAAAGGUCCAAUUAGAUGUUCCCAUUCAUCACAGGGUAACUGGAUUAAUAACUUUUUAAACUUAUCCCUUAAACAUGUUUCCUGUCUACAGUUUGCAUCAUUCAUUCUUUAUGGAUUAUCAGUAAUAGUCAGCGAGAGCCAUUUGCUUUUUCUCUACUCUUGAAAUUUUAUGUUACUAGAAAAUAAAGACUUACAAAUAUAAGUAAAAAAUACUCUAAUACAGUUUUAAGUUUGUUUUAACAUUUUACAAAUUUUAGCUGCAUCAUUUUAAUCAACAAAUGAUCCCUUGUGAUUUUAUAGCAGUGUGAUGCAUAGUCUGUUUUGUGAUCUACAUAAGCUCUGUUGGUUUUUUGUUCUUAUAGUUUAAUGUAUAGUAGUUGAUGAUGAUUGUGUAUAGCACACAAGUAGUCUUACCCUCUAGUAGGUCAUUCUGUAUAUGUGAUUGGUAUUGUAUUUAUUUUUAUAUGGAACAAGUUUAUCUCUAGAAAGGACCUUACUGUACGGUUAAUAUAUGCAAUGAUUAAGUAGUUCUGUUGUGGUUUUGUUUCAAGGCGCAUGUAGUUGUCUUAUUCUUGUGGUGUCAUCUUCAAAAAAGCAGGAUUUUGAAUGUUUCCAGUAUUAAUUAUAAUAAUUACUUCCCAAAAAUUGUAUUAUGAAUUCUGUUUCAAAAGUGUUUUAGCUAACUAUCCAUUGUUAGGUGUGGUGUAAUGGUUAGCUGCAGCAAGGUAUUUUUUUUUAUCUUUGUGGUGCACAAAGUAAGCAAUUAGUAAUGCUUGACAUUAUUCAGAUCAUUUGAAAUAUACUACAAUAUUACCAAGAGAUGAGUUGUAUCAAGUGGCAUUAACAUUAAUAUCGAACAUCACAGAGUACCAACUUCUCCUGCUUGGUCAUUUAUGGAAAAACACUGCUUGGUCAUUUAUGGAAAAACAAAGUGUUAGUUGACUUGUACUAAAAUAUUUCAUCCAAGAAUGUCAUCCAAUAAUUGUGCCUUGUGUGUGUGUGUCAGUGCUAUUUUUUGGAUUUGAUAAGCUUUCAAGUUGUCCUUUUUCAUGGAGAUGACACUACUGGAAUAUCAUGCUAACUUUUUUGGUGUUAAGGCUAAUUGUUGGUACUUAGAAGAAUUUUGUUUUGGAUUAAUUGUGAAGGAUUAAGCAAUACAGCUUUUGUAUUCUGAUUCUUCAAGCAGUCUACAAAAGAAAUAGCUCAUUUCCUCUGUAGUGUUCCUCUGUUUGUUGGUAUUAUUAGAGUAGUUUCUGUCACUGUCUUGUUGGUUUAUCUUGCUGAACAGAUGACAUUAACUUUACUAUCCUGUGCCUUGUGUACAGAAUGGUUUAAGUCAGGUCACGAAAGUCGUACAGAUAUGACUUUAGGGAAUGCCGAGAGAGGGUUUGGAAUGUUUGUGAGCAGAGGAACUGCCAGUUGUAUACUGUUUCAUGAUCUCAUGUUUAUUUUUGUUACCUAUAAACUUUACCAUUUUAUUUUAACAAUAUCCUAGUAUGGAAUCUAUAUAAAGAUAUCGACACUAAGUCCACACUAUGGAUAUAUAAAUUUAUCCAAAGCUCCAAGUUAAAGGUUACUUUUUUUUCACCAAUUUUAACUUUUUGAAAUUUCUAUACCUUUCCCUUUCUUAUGAAUGAAAUCUGGGAAAUCAUGCAAGCUAUUAGAUGAGUUAAACUGUCAUUCAAUUUGAUUACACCAUGCGAAUCAGUCUGUGAACUACUUUUAGUGAUGCUUAAAGAAAUUGUGGUUGGAAAGUCAUUAUUUCUUAUCUGAUCAGAAGUCAUUAUUCCUUAUCUGAUCAUAGGUAGUAUAGUCCAUGUAUAAUGAUAACUAAUGAGCAAACAGCUACUAAAAUUUAUGUUGCUGUUGAUAUGUGGAACACCAAGUACCUUCUGUCAAAAUUAUUUCCAUAUUAAUGAAUACUGGUACAUUCAGUACUGCGUUAUGAAUGGUUUCCUCUGCAAAUUUACAGAGAAAUUGAAAAUGGACCUAUUUAAUUUAGUGUAAAUAAAAUUGGUAAAGUUCUUUGGGUUUUCAAAAUGUUCAUUUUUAUAAAGGGAGUGUGUAUGUGGGGGAUAAUGAUAAAUUAUAAUAUACCUUAAGGUUAUUUUGGAUUAUGGUCAGUCUUCUGUGAAAAGUUUAAAAGGUAGGGCAAUGAGCCUUAAGCAUUGUUAGAUGGAUUUCAUCCUCAAGCUUAUCUGUUGUAUAUAAUGUAUAUAUCUCUUGUGUAUUUUUGAAUGUCGUGUUUAUAUAUAUUGAAAAUUUCAGUCUUCCACUCCAAACAGCGGACCAAUAUUUUUAUACUUUCAGGUAGCCAUCUCCAUUCAUGAUUUCCUGGCUAUUUUUUGAGGUACAGUAUAAGAGCUAAAAUACUUGAAAGAAUAUCUGGCUUCUUUCAGCUGUAGCCACAGAGACUAGCUGAUUCUGUAAUUAGUAUAAGUAGACACCAGCUUGAAGUAGUAACUAUAUAAUAAUCAUCAUAUGUUGACAUAAUAAAUCUGUAAAACCAGAAUGACUUACAAUAUUUCCAUAGAUCUUAUGGAUGUUGAAGAAAAUCUCUUGACAGUGGUUUGUGCUGUUAACCGACAUCCAUACAAGGCUGUCACAGCCACUUGAUUAUGUCAAAUGGGGCAGAGUCAAAUUCUGGUCUUUGCCAGUCCAUCUGUUCCCUCCAUUUAAAAAUUAAAAAAAAAUUUAUGUGUGGCUCUUGAUGUUGCCAUUUAAUGGAUAUGGUUUUUAGGAUUUCUGCUGUACUGUAUAUUUAGCUUUGUUAACUGUUAAUAAUGAAUGCUUUAAUUUUGUACUCUUGACGAAAAUAAAUAUUUAUUGAAAAUUUA